AUGUCCGUCCCUACAUUUACCGAACUAGAACAAGCCGCCGGCGCCGUAAUCCUCAUCCUGCAAACGAUGCCCGAAUUCGCCAACACCAAAAUCGCAAUCAUCGGCGGUCUCAGUCUAUGGAAGUACAUUGAGCACUUCCGGAGCACGGAGGACGUUGACUUCCUAAUCACAGUCCAGGGCGCGCCCAACGCCGUUAAAGAGAAGUUGCUUGCGCUGCCGAAGACGCCGUUCAAACAGCAUGCGCAGCUUUUCUUUUACAUUGGGGCUGGGGGGAAGGCUGUCCAGGUUGAUAUCACGCCUUCGUGGCAGUCCCCCUACCUCCCCCAAGCCGCAAUCCCCAUAUCACUCGCCCGCCCCGACUCCCUCCCCUAUAUCUCGGAGAUCGACCUGCUGGUCUUCAAGAUCAAUAGCUGCGGGCUGCGUCCGACGGCGGUGAAGAAGAUGCGCGAUGUGAGGGAUGCGAGCACCCUCGUUGAUGAUCUGUGUGCGAGGAGUAGUGGGAGGGGGAUUGUGCUUUCAGCGGAGCAGAAGAGGGCUGUGUUGCAGGGGCUGGAUGAUGUUGUUGCGCUCUCGAGGAGGGAGUGGGGGUGGUGGGCUGGGAGGUUGGGGUUGGUUGAUUCCUAG